AUGCAUUCAUUUUGUGAAAACCGAGCUGGAAUCAGCAAUGUUCGUCACACCGAUCCGCCAGUGAUGGUUUCAGGAAUUCUCAUCCUCAGUGACACCUUGCUGCAAGUAGUGGCUCCGGAGAAGCUGACCAAUGUGGUUUUGGAAUGUUUCGAGCCUACUCAAGGGGUUGAAGAUAUGAUUACAAUUCUUGAUCGUUGCUCAUAUGAAGAGCUGAAUAUUCGACACUGCGUUCUGGCUUGGGGUCACGAUCUGAUCACCUAUUUAAAGCAUAGCGCGAUCGAUGCUACUGGUAAAGCGAUUGCGGCUCUUAUUCACCUACGAGUAACGUUCGAACAAAAACGAGCAGCACAUGAACAGGAAGGAUAUCGUCGAAGGAAAUUGCCUGAGUUUUGGAUAUUGACGAUUCCUGAGGUAUGUUUUCCAACAGAUAAGUUGUCAACAUGGUACUUUCUACUCAUCAAGCUCUAUUAA